AGUUGCAACCUAGCUAUUUUUGCAAUCCAUUAAUUAGCAUUUUAGUACCUGAAAAAUAUGAUUGUACACAUAUUCACCACUGUUCAAACGGAAUAGACAGAUAGAGAGAAUGUGUAAAGUCCACGUGCGGAUAUUAAUUAUUGACUUAACACUGUAGACAGCUUAGCCACAAUGCUAACUUGGUUGUUGUUGCUAACAGUUGGCUAGCAAAGACCACAACAAUCUGGGUCAGUGGUGACGACAAAAUGAGUAGCUAAAAGGUAUAUCAAAUUUGGCUCUGUUUCAUGAGAAAAUAACUGGCUAAAGAAAAGCACCAAAUGGAAAUCCAUAGAUGCAUUGUUAGAGGAUGCGCCAAUAAAUCGGACGCAAUUAUUCAUUACAGUUUACCAGAGGAACCACAGAGACGUCAACAGUGGCUACAGUUUAUUAAUGAAAGCAACUCGGGAGAGAAUAUUCCAGUUGUGUCCCGUUUAUGUGGCGACCACUUUACAGAAGAGUGCUUCACAAAACUUGAUCUCGGUUUCACCACGAGGUUAAUAUUAAAUCUUGACGCAGUCCCAACGAUUUAUUCCACUGAUAAAACAUCGGCGUAUCGGCAACACACAGUGUCCACUGAGAGUGCAAAGGGGACUGGGAUGUUGGAAGUAAAAAAGACUGGCAUCAAGGAGGAGCCAGUGGACAGGGAGGUGGACUCGCAGGUGAAUCGCUCAAACUAUUUGUUGGGUUCAAUCAAGAAGUCGUUUAGUUCAAUCAAAGAGGAAAAUGUUGGGCAGGACGUGAGCAUUGCAGGGAGCUAUGACCAGAUUAGAGUGGUGAAAAUAGCAGACUCACACACAGGAGAAAGGAAGAAAGAGGGAGGAGAGUAUGGGAUGGAACACUCACACUCUCACCAAGAUGGAGGCUAUGAUGCUAUGGUAACAGAGAUUCACAGGGAAGAGGGGAUGAAGGGAAAGGGCAGAAUGAAAGAAUGGAUGAUGGAGAAAAUGAAUGUGACGGCGCAUGAGGUGGAGGUGUUUGUGAUAGAAAACUCAAAACCAGAGGAGGAGGAAUGGAGGGAAUAUGUGUUAGGGGAGGAGGAGGAGAAGGAGGAGGAGGGAUGGAGGGAAUAUGUGUUAGGGGAGGAGGAGGAGGAGGAGAAGGAGGAGGAGGGAUGGAGGAUAGAGGAGAGGGGAGAGGGCAGAAUGGAAGGGAUGUGGGUGAAAAAAGGGAGACGGAAAAAGCUCCCGGGGCCGCAGUGGUGGAGAUGGGAGCAAGAGAGGAAGAAAACAGAGGAAGAUGAGUGGAAGAUGAUUGCAGAGAGGGCGAGGGAGGAAGAGCGGGAGAGACAGAAAGGUCAGACUGUGGAGGAAGAAGAGAAGAAGCGAAAGAAGAGAGUGGCAGGGUUCCGCUGCCCACAGUGCAGCAACACCUUCCAGUCCCGAAGUGAGUUAAUGGAGCACAAGACCGGCAGCUGCAAUGAUGCAAAAUACACCUGCCCAGUGCCACUCUGCCCCAAACACUACACAACUAAGAGGUCCCUGUGGACUCACAUCCGCUUCCACCGUGUAAAGGAUGACAAGAAGAAGAAGAAGGCCUUGGAGACUAUCCAGAAAUCCCAGGGAGCCCAGGAGCAGAAGAUGAAGGCCUAUGAUGCUUACCUGAAAGCCCAGAAAUCCCAGGGAGCCCAGAAAGCCCAGAAAGGCCAGAAAUCCCAGGAGCAGAAGAUGAAGGCCUAUGAUGCUUACCUGACAGCCCAGGUGCAGCAGAAUCAAUACCAACCCAGCCAUAAGAAGAAAUUCUUCUGCCCACUCUGCAACAUAUACUACAGAAACCAAACUAGCCUGGACAAGCACUCUCGUUGUCAUACCAGUGUCCACAAGUUGACGUUCCGCUGCUCCUUCUGCUCCCUGGAGAUCCUGCGAAAGUACACAACUAAAAAGCACUAUGACUUGGAACACCCGGGCAGGGUCCCACACUGUGAGGAGUGUGGAAAAACCUUUAACUCGAUCGACAGCUUCCUAAAACAUCAGGUUAGACACUUGUCCGUGACACCCUACUACUGUUAUGAGUGUCGCAUCUACCAGCUGACCCAGAGGGGCCUCACUGCCCAUCUGAGAAACCACUCUCUCAGACGAAACCAGGAGCAGCUAGACCAGCAGUCUGGGAAACUCAACAAACCUGAUAAUACAAUGAAUCAUAGUACAGCCCCUCUACACAACAACCCUGCCUUUCUACAAGAUAACCACGCCCAUCUACAAGAUAACCACGCCCAUCUACAAGAUAGCCACUCCCAUCUACAAAAUAACCACGCCCAUCUACAAGACAUCAAAGAAGAACUUAUAACCAUAGAAAUAGAAUCUCAAUCUGUGCUUUAACCCCUCUUUGUACCAUAACCAUACCCCUCCCUCUGACAUGAAAAACUGACCUGGGAACUAUUUCUGUACAGGAGAACACUGAGACUGGGAUCAAAUCCUCUAAAUAGAGACAUCUAGUACUUGGUUUUUACAGGAGAUUAACUGUUUUAUCGAUACAGAUCGAAUAGGAGAAAUGACAGUAGUAGCAGAAUCAACAACCUCUGCAUCAUCAAAACAGUUGCUCUUUGAGAAGGUGUUAAAGUUCACAGUUAGCCAUUAUGUAAAUGCCAUCUGAAAAGUACCAGUGGCCUGGCUUUGGCCCCAGGUGAGAGCAGGCCCCCUGGAGCCAGCCCAGUGAGACACGGGUACCAGCUCACGUAGAUGGAAACUGAAAAGACUGAGCCAUAUGUACAGUAUUUGUUUGUCACUGUUACCUUGAAGGCCAGGUGUCUUUAAAACGUUGUAAGCCCUUUAUAAGCCCCAUAAUAUCCUAUAUGAUGUGCAUUUAGCCUUCUAUCCAUAAUCUAAUAUAGAGAGAAUUCAGUUUAAUCUAUAGAGUUGUCUUACACAUUAACUGUAAUUAUCUUUACGUAAAAUGGGAUAGUCACACAUGUAUAAAAUGUAAUUUAGUGCUUCUGAGUUAAUGUUGGUGUUGAGAUGUAUUAUUAGACCAUUCCUGAUCCUUUGAGGUUUAAUCCAUUUUUCCUUCUGGUUCUGCACUUUUCUCUUUAUCUGCACUUGUUUAUUUCCUACAGUAGUCCAAGGUGAGUAGUACAGCACUAUGGGUAGGGUUAGUGGGUGCAACAUAGCCAUAGAAAUGUUUUGUAUAGAACAAAUACUUUGUGAAACAUAUGGGUUGUCUGUCAUGGAGGAUAGGGUAUAGUGUCAACUCUAUUACAUUUCUAUCUGCAACAAGAAUGUUUCACCUCACUGAAUACACCCCAUGUAUACAGUAGCAACUCUCUGGUCCUAUAGGAAGCCAAGUGAACUUUCUCUGGCCAAUAGAGAUGAACCCGAAUGACACUGUAGCCCUGCCCAACAAGGAGCACUUUGAUAUCGACUGGUUCCAUUACUGCAUGUCUGAUGCUUUGUUCUCUACACUAUUGACAUGCUCUCUGAAUAAAACGCCUUUCUAUGGUA